CUAGAUUACAACAAAACAUCAGAAGUGCUGGAAACACAAGUCUUGAAACUCCAUCCGUCAGGAAAUAUGGCAAGCGUCUCCCCUGAACAGAAUCAAAAUCACUGCUCAGUGGUAAACGACAGCAACCCGCUGAUGCAGGGCAACCUCCCCACUCUGACCUUAUCUGGAAAGAUCCGAGUGACAGUUACUUUCUUCCUUUUUCUACUCUCUACAACUUUUAAUGCUUCUUUCUUGUUGAAACUGCAGAAGUGGACUCAAAAAACAGAGAAAGGGAAAAAGCGCUCCAGAAUGAAGGUGCUUUUAAAACAUCUGACCUUAGCCAACCUGUUAGAGACUGUGAUAGUCAUGCCACUGGAUGGAAUGUGGAACGUUACAGUCCAAUGGUAUGCUGGAGAGUUCCUCUGCAAAGUCCUCAGCUACCUGAAGCUCUUCUCCAUGUACGCCCCAGCCUUCAUGAUGGUAGUGAUCAGCCUGGACCGCUCCCUGGCCAUCACGAGGCCUCUAGCUAUGAAAAGCAAUGGCAAGCUUGGACAGUCCAUGAUUGGCUUGGCCUGGCUCCUCAGUGGUAUCUUUGCUGGACCACAG